UGCAUUGUGACAGCAAAGGAAAUUCCAAGGCUGCAGCUGAUCUUUGGGAAUUGUCCCUCCUGAUGGGAAAGGAAGGGACUUUUUGAGCCCAGCUUGGAGGAUGUGAGAAAACACGACAUGAUCAGUUCUUGUCAGGGCGAAAGAGACAGCCGCUUCUUCUCCUUCCUUGCCUGGGAUGGGGAACGCAGCCUUUCAAAUGCUGUGGAUGUUGGUGCUUGCAGUCCUAUCAACCUGUUCGUGUGAAGAUGCUGCUGUGCUCAAGGAAGAGAGAGGGACCGCGGAUGGCUUGGUAUCCCAGCGUUAUGUCAGCCUUGGGGCCCCCGAAGUGAUCCUGUCCUGCUCCAUAUCGGGAAACACAUCUGCAGUGCAAUGGGCUCUAAAUGGCAAACCAGUGCCCAAAGCGGCGAGGAAGGAUGGCAGCUUAAUCCUGCAGAAUGUGACUUUGGCACAAGGAGGGGAAUACAGUUGCCACGACUCAGAGGCUGGACCACCCCUGAGAAGGAUCCACCUGAAGCUGGGCUACCCACCUGAGAAGCCUGAUGUCCAAUGCUGGUCGGCCAGUUACCCAGUGGCCAAUUGCACCUGGACUCUACCAACUGAGACGCACCUCCCCACUCUUUUCUUCUCCAGUUACAGGCACGGCCUGGAAGGCCAAGCGCAUGAAUGCAUCCCGCCCGUCGCUGAGGCCAACCUCUGCUCCAUCCCCAACAUCCAGAUGUUCACCAUUGAUCCCUAUGUGCUCAAUGUGACGGCCACAAAUCCUUUGGGGUCGGCGACUCGCCUCUUUCCCAUCUUCCUGGAGCAGAUCCUCAAACCUGACCCUCCGGAAGGGGUGACAGUCUCCCCAAUCCGAGGCGAGAAGAAGAAACUCCUUUUGGAAUGGAAGCCGCCAGUUUCAUGGCUCUUUCCCGAAUAUUUCCCUUUGAAAUACAUGAUCCGUUAUUGGAAGGAGGGAUCUCACAGCCGCAAGACGAUCAGACCGACUGAGCAAACCUCUUUUGUCUUGACCGGGAUUCGUUCUGGAACAACAUAUUAUGUCCAAGUGGCAGCCAAAGAUUUCCUUGAUAACGGCGAAUACAGCACUUGGAGUUUUCCAGCCACUGGAACAGCUUGGAGUGAUGGAUCUUAAAC